CACAGAAUAGGGACCAGCAGAGAUAGCCUCGCCGUCCCGCGUCUUUCUGAUCUGAUGUGACCAUUUGAUUUAAUCCUAUCUCACAAAUCUUACAUUUUCUACCGUCGAUCAAAAAACAAUUUUUUACAUAAAUAAUUAUAUGAUACAAUCGCCUCCCUCCCCAAGUCCUAACUGCCUUUCCCUUUCUUUCUCUGACUCUCUUUACUGCAAAUAAAUAAAUAAAUAAAUAAAGGAAAAGAAAUGAGUUCCAGCCAUUAAGUUAUCACUCUUCCGGUUGCGGUUUUCGGUUUUGGUUUUUGAAGAACUUAAAAAAUUUGUUUCAAAAGCUAAAGGAGUUGGGAUUUGGAUUCAUCAUUACUUCACUCUCUCUCUGGAGCUCUUAUAUCUCAAUUUUUGCCUUGGAUAUUCUGUUAUUUCGCCGGUUUUUUAACUGUCCAAUGCGCCGCCGACACGUGGUGUUUCUUCUCCGAGGCGUUCGUGUUCUCCGUUACCGUUACUGACCGGCGUUACUUUCUGCAUUUACUGUACUCAGACCGUGGCCAGCAUGAAUGUGAAUUGAGAAAAAAAUGUGCAGCUGAAAAGGAUCGGGAGUGAGUAAGACCUAUCCAGUCUAUGGAAUGUCAUUUAGAGCCCAUAAAGAAUUCAAGAGAUUAAUCCUUUGGAACUUCUGUAAAGACGAUGUUGCCCCUAGGAAGCCAGAGGGCAAAUAUGCAAGGCAGAUUGAAACCUGAAAAGCCUAAUUUGUCAUAUGUUGAUCUUCAUCAAGAAAUUACAGAAGGUGGAAAAGAGGUCACACCUGAAUCUUCAUGGAAGCAUAAAAAAGAACAUGCUGAUAUCAAGGCAAACGAAGAAGAUGAGCUGGUGAAGUACAUGUCAAAUUUACCAAGUUAUCUGGAGAGAGGAUCAAACCCCCAGGAAAAAGUUUUAAAUGUUGGGGUCCUUGAGUGGGGGCGCCUUGAAAAAUGGCAGUGUAGCCAUAAACAGAUCUUACAUAGAAGUAGUAUCUCUUCACUGUCCAGCAGCAACACAUCUUCCUCGUUUUCAACUGAUGAAUCAUCAGCACAUUCGAGUAGAGGUCACAGUUGCUCUCCUGCUCGUCAAAGAUUACAACGUCCUUCACUGCAAUCUCAUCUGAUGUCGGUCCCCAUAGAAGGCCAUUUGCCAUUUGUCAAACCUUUUAGUGAAAGUGUUGGAAAGUUUCAAGAUCUCAGGGCUGCACAUAGCAACAACUUCACUGUUCAGGGGAAAUUCAUCGGAGAAGAUAAAUCCUUUAGCAAAAAUAAUGCACAAAUCAAGCUGGAACAGUGCAAGAGAAGAGAAAUGCACCCAAAGAUUGAUUCAGAAAGUGGAACUGUGCCAAACGGGGUAAAAGAUAAUGUGGCAUCAUGUGACAAGGUGAAAAUGAAGAAACAAGUUGGUGAAUUUAUGAAGAAAGCUGAGAAGUUUCAAGAAGUUAUUCCAAAAGGGGCCAACCAAGAUAUCAGUGAAAACAGAAACACAGUUGUCCUCCUUCUGCCAAGAGAUUUUCCCAAAACGAAUUAUUCAGGAGCAGCCAUCCUUUCUGAUUUAACAACAAAGUCAAGUAAAAAAGAAGCAGAACCUAGUCGGAGGACCUUCCUGGAAACAUUUAAAGAGGCUCACCAUGCAAUGCUCAGUUCCAAUUACCAUCAUUCAGGUCCAUUGCCUUGUGAACUUGAUGGCAGUAAACAUUUACGGAUUAAAGCCAUCGGCUCCAUAGAUGCAAAUGGUAAUGACUUUACAUCAGAAAGAUCUCAUUCUGUGCCACGGGCAGCAAAGAUAGAAAUUAAUUCUUCCAGAAGCAGAAAUCUAGAGGAAAAAAAGUUAAAUGCAAAACCAAUAGUUUAUCCUGCAAAUGAGGCUUACAAAGGAUCAGACCCAAAAGAAAGCAAGGUUGCAUUUAAAAAGGUACGAAGCACUUCACCUUUCCGUCGUUUUAGCUUCAGCAUGGGUAAGACAGACAAAAGAUCUGGCCCCAAGGAGGAUUCUUCAAUACCUCAGGUGUGCUCAACAUGUAGUUCUGCCAAAACUGAUCCGGAGAAUCAUGUUGCUUCUGGUGUUGAUACUUCUUGUGGUGAUAAACCCAAUGCUAAAAGCAGAUCCAGGUCCAGCCCCUUGAGAAGACUAUUAGACCCACUUCUGAAACCAAAGGCAGUUAACUGUCGCAAUUUUACCAACCAAUUGCAGGACUCAAUAUUAACAGAAGGUGCCUAUAAAUCAUCAGAAAGGCUAAGACAUUCAACUGUGACUGUGCAGCCAGCGAAAGUGAAAUCAGAUACAACCAGUCAUUGCACAAUCAAUGUAAAUGAUUCAGAACAGAACAAAAAGAAUGGAUCUUCAGCAGUUCAAGCUCUUCUCAGGGUUCAAGUUAAGAAUGGGUUGCCUCUGUUCACCUUUGCUGUUGAUAAUGAGAGCACCAUUCUUGCAGCUACAGUGAAGACGUUAAGUGCCUCAGGGAAGGGUGAUUAUGGAUGCAUUUACACAUUCUUUGCCAUUCAAGAAGUUAGGAAAAAGAAUGGAAGGUGGAUAAAUCAAGGAGGGAAAGGCAAAGGUCAGGAUUAUAUCCCUAAUGUUGCACAGAUGAAGGUUUUUGGUUCUGAAUUUUCUCAUUUGUCCACGCCAAACCAUGUGGAUCAAUUUAGCAUUAGAGAAUUUGUUCUUCUUACCUUGGAUGUAGGACAGGCAAAUCAACAAGCAUCUGAUUUCCAUCCAAAUGAUGAACAGGCAGCUAUUGUUAUCAAGAUCCCGAAAAGGAACGGAAGAUGUACAAUCAGAGAUGGGUAUCUGAUUGAUAAGCGUAACAACUUGCCUGAGGCUGCAUUGAAAGAGUGUUCGCCAGAGGUAAAACUUGAACUUGAUUAUGGGAAAAAAGGUGCUUUAUUGGGUGGUCAAGACAUUAGUGCUACAGUCAUACUUCCAAGUGGUGUACAUAGCCUGCCAAAUAAAGGUGAACCUUCGUCACUUAUCCAACGAUGGAAAUCAGGUGGAACUUGUGACUGUGGUGGUUGGGAUUUGGGUUGCAAACUUAGGAUUCUUUCUAACAAAAGCCAAUUCAGCCAGCAAUCUAGUUCUUUGAAAGGUUCUUCAAUUUCCAAUCAAUUUGAACUUUUCUUUCAGGGAGGAGUACAAGACAAGCAUUUCUUCAGCUUGGCCCCUUUCAAGGAUGGAGUUUGUUCUGUUGAGUUCAAUUCAUCGCUUUCGCUUAUGCAAGCAUUUUCCAUUUGUAUAGCAGUUUGGGAUAGUAGAAAACACUGCGAGCUUUUAGAAUCAGUAACCCUUUCUGAAGAAAGAACUCUGGGGGAAACCACAUUAAAUGACAGAAUAAGUGCUCCUAAUCCUAUUGAAGGAGAGGCCCCUGCUAGAUAUGUCUCAUAUCCACCUCUUUCCCCGGUUGGAAGGGUGUAAUUUCACACGACGAAUGAAGAUGUAAUUAAGUGAUAAAGAUGUAAUUGUAUAUUUCUGGUUUGUUUGUUGGGCAAUGUUCAGUGAGAUAUAAAUCACUAGUAAGAGUCGCCCAAUGAAAAAUAAGAAGUAAUGAACAAGGCUUGCUUGUAAUAGCCAGGGACAGGCUCCCCUCGAGCUUUUGAUCAUUGUAUUUUGAUUUACUUUGGACAGCAGGAGUCAGGGGUUUAAAUUAUGAUAGUGAUUACGG